AUGAGACGAACGACUAGCGGAGGUGCUUUUCCUUAUGAUCAACAGGAUAAUGAAAAUAAAGAUUCAUUGAAUGUCUCAUCUGAACCAAAUCCAUUGACGAGACGCCUAAAUGAUUUUAGGCUUCAAGAGAUUGGAUGUGAUGUUGCUUUUGUUGUUGGAGAGGAAAUGGAGAAACUAAAAGCACAUAAAUUAGUCCUUGGAGCAAGUUCUCCUGUUUUUCUCGCAAUGUUUUAUGGUCCUAUGGCCAGCGAUUCAUCACCAACAUCACUUCGAAUAAUAAAUCCAGCAGUUAAUGUUGAAAAUUCAAAUAGUAAGCAACAGGAAUCAACAUCUGGUAUUUCAAAUUUGCAACACAUCCAACCUAAAACAGCUCAUAUUGGAGGAGCAGAAGAAGAAGAAUAUGAAGAUGAAGAGUAUGAAGACGAAGAAUAUGAGGAAGAACCAGAUAAUCUCAGUAAUGAGUCUUCUCUUACUUCAUCUCUCGAAGGAGAACAUCAUUUACGCGGAGUUAAUGAUAUUAAAACAUUUCCAACUGUUGGUGUUGUUGGAACUACUCACAAUCCUGGAGUUGAUGAAGGAGGAAAUUUAAUACAUCGAAAUGUUCAUUCAGCAGAAAUCCCUCCACCACAACCUCCACAUUUUCAUCGUCAAAUUUCUCAUCCAUUUGAGGGUGGUUCAAUUGUCAAGCGACGUUUCUCAAUUUCUAAACCAAAAAACUUGGGUCAUAAAACAGUGCAAUCACAAGGAGAACAACAACAACAAUUAAAUUUUGAUGAGAAUUCAAUGAAAAUUGAGCUGGCUGUUAAAGGUCUUCAAAUGGUUAGAGUACCAGAUUGCGAGCCUAAAGCUUUUGCUAUUUUGAUUGAUUUUGUUUACAGUGAUUUUGACAUAAAAAACCUUUCAAGACGUAAUUUACUUAAUGAAGAGAAUGUAAUGAAUACACUUUAUGCCGCUAAAAAAUAUGACAUUCACCCGUUGGUGACAGAAUGUGUUAGAUAUUGUACUGCUAGAUUGACUGCAACAAAUGCCGUUUCUUUGCUAGCACAGGCACGGCUAUUGGAUGAAAAUACUCUGGUUGAACAGGUAUUUAUCCAAAGCAAAUAUCAAAGCAAAAUCAUCUAA